AAUCGUCAGUUACCAGGGAAGCAUACCACAGUUGGAGGUGCUAAGAGGUAGCGAGGUUAGAAUACGCAUCUCUUGGGAGCUUCGAGAAUCGUAGGAGUUAUCAGGAGGCCACGUGACGCAAGGAGAGAAGCUGGUAAUUCGAUACAAGUAAAAUAAGUUACUAAAAUACUUUUCGAACGUCGGCCAAUGCGCAUGGGAGAGGUCAAGGUUCGGCCUUUUUCAAUUAAGCGCAAUUACGCUAAUUUCCAGUACGAGAUCAAUUAUGCGUUUCCAUCCGUGAAUUUGUAUGCCUCUACGAUUACGUCAGGUCACAAUUUCAACGCAAAAACGGCCUUCGGCCCAAGCCCACACGAUAAAAUAGGAUAAGCAGACGAGGUGGUCGGCUAACCUAGCGUAUCUUAACCUCAAAGGCUAACUCGAACGCUUCGUGGGCGUCCGUCUGCAUCGGACAAUGAAGCUUUAUUUACGUGUUUUUUAACUUGGUGAUGACGUAAGAGUUCAUCGGGUCGUGCGGGAUGACCCGCACGUAAGCUCAUCGGAAGCGCGUUGCAGCAUGACAGAAUAUCCCGACCUGUCGAAUUCUCGACGCCAGAACUCGACGCCGGGACGCUGUGAGAACACGCGUCGCGUUCGCGUAUAAAUAUACAUAAGAUGUGACCGCGUCGUGCACCGUAACAAUGCGCCUCAAAUUCGUCAGGGCGCUCCUGGUUCUCGCGCUGUUAGGCAACAUCAUCGUCUGGCACAAGAUAUGGCGGCUGUUCGCGGCGCAAAACACCCUGGGCUUGUUGACGCCGAGUGUUGCGACGAACGAGCCCCCACAGAAGUUUCAUCGGCGCCUGGCCCGCCUGGUCACCAUCGUCAUCCGACAGUUCGAGAACUUCGAAAACGAUGUGGCAUCCAUGGUGGAGUCUGUUUUGAAUUCCUUUCCAGGGAUACCCAUCUUGAUAGUCUGCGAUGAAUUGCCGUACCCACCACUGGAGCUGGACUUCGCCAAUGAGAGUUUGAAGAAUGUCAAGCUGAUCAGCCUACGGCCUGAAUUUAAUAAGUCUUUCGAAGAGAGGAAUCCACUCUUCUACAUACGUACCAAGUUUGUCCUGUUCUUACCUGAUGCAACAAGAUUAUCAACUAAGCAGGUUAUACAGGAGACUGUCUCGCAAGUGUCAAAUUUAGGGAUAGUUAUUGUGCCAGUGGGAAAGAUAAUCUUACAUUGUCUUGAAUUAGAUUUAAAAGUGAGAGAAUGGAGUUUGAGGGUAGCACGAGUCACAGGAACGGAAUGUGAUAGCGUAAUGGGCAAACAUGUAACUAUGCUUGAAGCAAAAAUUUUGAGAAAAUUGUCGGAUCCAUUCCUGCUGCCCUUCACAGAUGCGUUGUACAUUCAGACAACAGCUAUUGGAGCAAAGGCACAUAUAUUGAAAAACUAUCAGUUCAACGAGGGAAAACCAUUGUACAGAAACCAACAGGCACAGUCCAAGAUGCAGCAGUUGUAUCGCACACGGGAGCGAUUGAUGUUCGAGAAAUUGGGAAUAAAGAAAGUUACAAGGGCUUCCGGGUCCAUCGAGUGGUAUGGCUGUUCGCGAGAAACCCCGAGAUGUUUUGGCUCGGUGAUAAAUGGCGUGCCGUCGUAUCUCUAUCAGCACCGAUACACGCCGCCUUGUUGUUUGGCUGGACUGAGAAAGGUCGCCUAUCACGUUAUCGACAAGCUGGAGGAGGUCGGUAUACGAUUCUGGUUGGAAGGUCAAUCAUUAUUGGGAGCGAUGAGGAACGGCGAUAUUCUACCGUGGGAUCACGAGAUACAAAUUGGACUAAAUCGAGACGAUUUGACGAGAUCGCCAUGGCUGGUUAGAGCGAGGAGCAAGCCGGUCGUCGACGAUGAUGGCUUCAUUUGGGAGAAGGCGACGGAGGGAGAGUUCUUCAAGGUACAGUAUUCCAGGGUCAACCGUUUGCAUGUGAAUCUGCUACCGUUCUACGCGCGCAAUGGAUCCAUGACGAAGGACGCAUGGUUCUUGAAGAACCGGAAUUUCCCUGAGCACUUUCUUCAUCCGAUGUCGAGCAUCGAAUUCGCCGGUAGACAAGUGCCAUGUCCAAAUAAUAUUAGAGACUUCCUAGAGCUUAAAUACUUCAAGGGUGUGAUAGAGAAUCCAGAGUUACCUGGUAGAUUUGUCUUUGAUUAGUCCAUUUUUUCGAUUCAUUGUAACUUGAGAUUACUCGCGGUAGCAUACGGCGUUAUUGUUGCCUGAUUUUACGCAAAAAUCAGGAGCUUCAAGAGUUAAGCCGUUUAUCGAAUUGAUAAUUGUAUUGAAACAUUACGUAUGUAUCUAACGAUACUAGGAAUUAUCUAUGCAUGAAGACGUUAAUAUCUAAAUAAAAAUUACAAUUUGACAAUGUCUGUCAUUUAAGAAGAAGACUUGUAAACAUUUCUAUUUGCCUUAUUCGGAUCCUACUUUAGUAAGAAAGAAUGACAAAUAAUUGUUAUCAAAUAUUACCUUUAUAUCUUUAAACAACUCAGCUUGUGGAAUAGUAAAAGUCACAAAAUCACUUUCUUCUUGCAUGAAUUGACCUGUUAAUAUAUCGUGCCAAAUAAAUUUAAUAUUUUUAACUAGAUUUGCAGAUAUAGAUGUUGAGACAUUUUUCACAAGUACAUUUUCAUUAUAUAUAUAUUAACUUUUUAUUAGAUUUAUUAUUGUUUAUUAGUAGGUAACUAUAGUACUAGAAUAUAUUCUAUUAGAAAUUUAAAUAUUUAAUAUUAAAAAUAUAUUAAUAAAAGAUCUGAUUUCAUAAUAUUUUAAAGAUAUUUUAUUUGUGAGAUAAAGGUAUUCAAUUUAAUAUAAUCUAUCUUGAACUAUAAAACGUGAAAAAUAUUUAUAAAUAUUUAUAUAGUAGGAAUUCGAUUAUUCAAGUUUUGCAAUUAAAAAAUUUCUAUUUUAUAGAAAACGGGGAAAAGCAUUCAAAAAUAAGUUACGUCUGUCGCAUUACGUUUAAAAAAAUUGUGUAAAUAUAUUUUAUUUGAAUCAUUUUAAUUCAAAUCAAUUUAUUCAGUUUCUUUGUUUUAAGUGAAUUGCUGAAUUAUUCUAUUUGUUACAACGUUUUUCAGCAAUAAGAGUUCAGGUACAUAAACUACUUCGUAGAACUAUUUGAUCUCUCUAUUGCAUAAUUAUAGUGCCAAUUUAUUUGUAAAAAUAUAGAUAUGUAUAUGUAUCCGUCUGUUAUAGCAAAUAUUAAUAAAGCUGUUGUUUACAAAA